UAGCCUAUUGGCUUGCGUAUCCGGUUCCCCGGUGCGGCAGUUGAGGAGGCUCGAGGCCUUCCCCGGAAGCGCCGAUUCUGGGCUUCUGAUUCGGGGUCUCGUGAGGGAGACCCGGGAGGCGGCGGCGGCGUCGGAGCAGAUGGGAGGGAGCGGCGGGAGGCAGGGUAGUUAUGUGGCGCCGGAUCAUCGCUCUGAUCGUUCAUCCCUUUUCGCCCAGCAGCUCCGGAGCCCUCGGUCUCCACGGCGGUAUGUUUUACGCGGUGCGGAGAGGUAGGAGAGUCGGAGUUUAUGGCACCUGGGAUGAAUGUAACGAACAAGUUCAUAAAUAUCAGUGUGCCAGCUUCAAGAAGUUUGCAACAAAGAAAGAAGCCUGGGCUUUUAUAAACGAAGAAACAACAGGAUCAUCAACUUAUUCAAGAGAGUUUGGUGAAAGGGACAACAAUUAUACACAUAACAAGGAUACAUCUGAGUCAAGUGAUACAAGAUCAUACAAAAGAUCAUACGAAGAGCCUUCAGAGAAGAAAUAUACAUAUAAGCGUGUAAAAUAUACAGAUGUUCCUUAUAGUCCUCCAGCAAAUAAGAAUGAAUUCAAGUACAUAGGAGAUUAUACAGUUGUCUACACAGAUGGAUGUUGCUCAAGUAACGGACGCCAGGAGGCCCGUGCUGGGACAGGUGUAUAUUGGGGACCUGGUCAUCCCCUAAACAAUAGUGAAAGACUUCAGGGACGGCAAACAAAUCAAAGGGCUGAAAUAAAUGCCGCUUGCAAGGCGAUAGAACAAGCAAAGAGUCAAAAUAUCAAAAAACUGGCAAUCUAUACUGACAGCAAAUUCACCAUUAACGGUGUGACAAACUGGAUCCCAAACUGGAAGACGAACGGUUGGAAAACCAGUGCAGGAAAAGAUGUAACCAACAGAGAAGAUUUUGAAAGGCUGGCUAAGCUUUCGGAGGGCAUGGACAUCCAGUGGAUGCACGUUCCUGGUCAUGCUGGCUUUCCUGGAAAUGAAGCAGCUGAUCGAUUAGCAAAAGAAGGAGCUGGAAAAUCAUUAAGUUAGCAUUUUAUAACCCAAAUACUUCCCCUUAGCGGUAAGAAUAAAGAUUAAGCUUGUUUCGAGUUAAUUUUUCUUGCGUCUCCAUAUGCGUUAGAAUAAAUGAGACAAAUGUUUGGCUUAAAUGGUGAGGAAUGUAAAUGCUUUUUAUGCAACCUGUCUCUUGGCAGAGGAUCUCCAUUUCUCAAUCUGGGUCCAAGAGUUGGAAGUAUAUUCAGGUGUUUAUAUCUUUGGAGCAGAUUGCUUUGUUGUUUAUAUAAAUAAAAUUGUUAUUGGUGUUAAAUACCUAAUAUAUAAUGUCGUCACAAUAAACAUGUUUGCUACUUA